AAGCAACUCAAACACCUGGUAGAGGAAGAAUUGCUCCAGAUGAAGGUUGAUCAACCUCCAAGCAAUGUAGAAUUAAGGACUGAAGCUCAGGAGUCCAUCAACCACAACAGACCCAUUCCUAUUUCCUUUAGAUCAGAGGAUGAGAUUGAAAAUGAAAAGAAGCAGAAAAGGCAAAAUAUUGAAAAGAAAUUAGAAGUCAGUUCAGAUGAAAUGGAUUCUGAGAUUGAUUCCAAGAAGAGACUAGGCUGCAGAAGUCUAAAACUUCUCAUAUUCUCGGAUUCUUCUAACCAACAAGAUUCCGGAGCUGGAAACCACAGUACUGAAUCUGAAAGCGAUGAGGAAACUACAAGGAGCAAAAGAAAACCAUCUCUUCAAGAGGCAAGAUGGAAGAGAGGAGGAGGCAGGAAACCACCCGAGAGCCAGGGGAUUGGAGGCUCGCAGAAAAGGAGGGUGAAUGAAUCUGAGGAAAUCAUCGACACGGGACAGAGUGACCUUGAAGAAGAGGUCAAAGAAUACAGGAAGGUCACAAAAGGGAACGGUUUGAAGCAAAGAGAUGAAAAGAAUCUAUCAAAGGGAGGAACUGAUCUGUCGGAGGUAGAAGAAAUAUCUGAAAAGAAAAGAGAAUGGAGUGAAAGUGAGAAGGAAGAGAAGAAAUCAUUCCGUACUAACAAAGCACAGCAGAGGAUGGGGCCAGGAACCCAGGAAGAUUCGGAGGGGAACGAGAGUGAGGAUACCUCAGGAAGUGGUCCUGAUGAAAAAUUUAAUUUGCAAAAGAAGAUGGCAGGCAGCCAACGCAGAAGGAAGAGUAGAGUUGUAGAGGAUUUGGGGAGCAGUUCUGAGGAUUCUGCAAAUCAAUGUCCAGGGAGGGAAGAGGGAGCAAAGAGGGCCAGGGGAGAAAGCGGGAACCAGCAGACCGAAAAUCACUCCAAACCCAAGAGGCAGCCUAAGGUUACAGCGGGGAGGAAGAAAAUGCAGAGGGAAGAUCUGCUUAGGAAGAAACCGGAGGAAGUGAAGAAGAUGAUGCAAAGGAUUCAGGAUUCCCCCAGUGAAGGAUCUGAAAGUGAGUCAAGGGAGCAUAAGAGCUCGGAAGAGAAGAAGAAGAAGAAGUGGGUGCAGGAUCCCACUAGCAGUGAAGGGGAAUCACAAAGUGAGAUGAAUCAAGGCCAGUCUAGGAAGGCAGCUACAACAAGUCUCCUGUCAGAAAGUGAAUCAAAUGAAAACGAGGAUGGAGAUCCAGGGAGGACCCUGGAAAAGAAAAACAAGGAUGUCUCUGGGUCUGACUCAAGUCAAGGGGGGGAGGAGUUGAAGAAGAGAGGAGCUCAGAAGUCACGGAGAAAGAGCAUGGAUCAAGAAACCUCUGCGCUUAGUUCUGAGGAUUUCGAGAGUGAGUUUAACGGAAAGAAAAAAAGACAAAGCCAGAGGCAGAGAAGAACGAAAAAGCGCCAAAGGGGGAGUGCUACCAAGGAGAAACCAGGGGAGAGGUCCAGCUUAGUGGGGGACAAGCCCACUACUACUCAGCAGCACCUUCAUGGAAAGGAUAAGAAGCAUCAUUCUGGAAAGAACGAGAAACAUCCCUUCAUCCAACGUCUGAAACGCUACAUCUGGGAAUGUGGUGCGCAUCGGAAUUACAAAAAGCUCCUGGCAGAUUGCCACUCCCACAAAGCUCGGAUAAAGGCUCUCAAAGAAGAGCUGGAAAGUCUUGGCGUAAAAGGACCUCCAUCCCUAGCCAAAUGCAAAGCAAUAAAGCAGAAGCGGGAAGAAGCAGCCGAAAUGGCUUCUCUUGAUAUCAACAAUAUUAUUUUUACAGAAGGCCGUCCAAAGCGUCGCAAAGUUUGGAGCCUUUACAAUAAGCCCCAGGAAUCACCCAGUUCGCCAGAAGAGUUGACCUUUCGCCGUCACACCACAGACUGGUCCCAGCUUCAAGGAGUGAUCAGUUCAGAUGGGGAAAGCAGUUGACUCUGUGGUGGAGGAGAGGCUGGCAUUCAUCGAUCUUUUGGGAGAGGG